AUGGAAUAAUUCAAUAUUUAAGAUAUCUUAUCAUUCACAAAUCUAAGGAAACAAUACUCCUUACUUAAUAAUGUUAUUCAUCAAUAUGAUACUACUUAAAUAAUCAAAUUAAAAAAAGUAAUCUAUAUCAUUUUAUUUAUUAAAGACAUUAUUAUUAGACUUGUUUAAUUCUUGUUUUGAUGAAAGUUUAUUGAUUGGAGGAUAAGUCUUAUAGAAAUUACUAACAAAAUUAUAUAAUGAAUUAGGAAAAGAAGACAAAAAGAAUGUAGAAUUAUUCAAUCAAAGAUUAUAAUAAUUUGUUUCCAUAUUUGUUGAUGAUUACAUAGAAAGUGUCAAAUAAAAUUAGAAUAAUUAUAAUCUUAAUUAUGCUUAAUAGAUUAAUAGAAUUUUGGCAGAUGUAAAAAUUGAAUGUAUUCAAUACAUAAUUGAUCACAUUAUAUAAAAUGAUCAGAAUUUCUAUUAACAUAAACAUAAAGUUUGGGCUAUUGCUUCAUUACUAAAAUUUGCUAAAUUAGAAUAACAAAUUUCUGUUACUGAAUAAGGUAUAAUAUACAAAAAUGGAACCAUUUUGAAUCUAGAUAUUUAAAUAAUUUAGAAAUGGAUGUAUAAUAUUGAUAGAGCAAUCUAAUUUGAAGCCCUCUAAAUAUUUACUUUAAAUAGCAAAAAAGCUGCAAAACCAACUCAAAUUGAAUUAGAUUCAAUUAUACUCUUUAUAUAACAUGUUAUUAAAACAUCAUAUCCUAAUUUUAAGAAAAACUAUUUGUAAAAAUUAAAGUUUUUUUUUGAAAGAAUCAGAGCAAGUUUUUAAAAAGAUUUAAAAUUAUUAGAAUCAGGCAAAUCAAAAGAUACAACUCCAAUUUAACCAAUAAUUAAAUUUACUCAAUAAAUUCUAGAUAUCUUAUAUUCUCAAUUAAUCCCUGAAUGUUGUUAUGAAGUUUCAAGUCCUUGUUUAGAAAUAUUAAAAAUGAUAUAUAUGUAUUUAGGUACACCUGAAAAAUUAGAACCUAAAAAAGGAGAGUUUUAUGAUAAAACAUUAUUUUUAUUAAAUUACUGUUUAGAAUAAGCAUAUGGAAAUACAAAAGUUGAAUAAUUGAUCAUUUAAUGUAGUAGCAAUUGGGAAUCUUCAAGAACAUUAGCUUAUGAAAUAUUACUUUUGCUUCCAAAUGAAAUUCAAUUCUUUAGCGAAUAGAAAGCUAAAUAACUCUAUUAAAUAGCUACUUCUUAAAUAGGAAAUCCUAUCAUAAAAUUUUAUGAAAGUGGUUCCCUCUUAUUAUCUUUAUUAUUAAAAAAAUAUGCAAAUAUCUUAUAUCCAACUUAAAAUCCAGAAAUUGAAUUUUUAAAUUAUUUAGUGAAUGAAUUAUAAUAGAAAUUUAAUACUUUUAAGUAAGUAUUUUCUAAUGAUAUUGUUUAAUUAUAAUAAACACUUAUUCAUGGAUAUAUAUCAACAUUUUGGAUUAUUUUAUAAAGGAAUAAUAUUCAUUAAUUGUAAGAUAAAGAAUAACUUAAAUUAUUUUUUAUAAAAUUACUUGAAUUAUUAAAAGAUAUAAUUGAAUUUGCUACUUAAGUAAGUUCUGAGAAUGUUUGUACAUGGAUAAUUGAUGAUAAAUCAACUUAAUAAUUGCCUUAUCAAGUUGAUUGUAGAGGACAUUUCUAUUAGACUGAGUUUGUUUAAAAUGUACAAAAGAUUCUGUAAGGAAAUACAUUGAUUGAAUCAUUAGAUGAUUAAACUACAGAUUAAGGAUCUGAAAAUAUAUUAGUAGUUUCAUUCUUUUUAAUAACUAGAGAAUCUGGUGUUUUCUUUUAGGAAUUAGCAAAAGUUAUUGAUUAAAUGAAUGAUAAUUUAAUUCCUAAUGAUUUAUUGAAAAGAAUUACUUAUUAAUUUUUCCAUGCUUUAUUAAACAUUAAACAUUUAGGUUCUAUAGAUAGAAUUGCAUAAGGAUUAUAUGAAUUAUGUAAAACUAUGGGAGUUAGUAAAAAUCCAUAAUUACCUGGAUUAGUGAAUGAAUUAAUUGAUAAAUUAGUUGAAGCUUUUGAUUAAAAUUAAUUAAAGAAUGUAUUUAGAAGAUCUGCAGGUUUACCACAUUUGGUUUGCUGUUUAUUAAGGUCUUGUCAAGGUAAAGAUAAGUAGACUGAAAAGGUUGUAAAGAUAUUAUUGAAAUUUGCAAGAGAUGGUCAAUUGGAAAUGAGAAUACAUGCUCUUAAUGUAAUCAGAAAGUUAUUUAUGGAAGCUUGGUUAAGAUAGGAUCUUGAUUAAUUUAUAUAAGAGGCUUAUAUGUUAGCAAUUGAUGGUUUUAGUUAUGAUGAUUGGAGUGUAAGAAAUUCAUCUUUAAUGUUAUUUUCAGCUUUGGCAUCUAGAACUUUAGGGAAAAAUACAUAAAAUGUAGAAUAAAUAGCUUAGAAAUUAACUUUAAUAGAAUUCUUUAAUAAAUCACCUUAAUUAGUACAAUACUUUUAAAAUAAAAUUAAGGAUUAUAAUGAUGAAUAAUUAUAUCCUAGUUUAUAUCCUAUAGCAUUAUUAUUAUCAAGAUUGGCUCCAAUGGAAGGUAAAUUUAUUAGAAAAGUAUAUACAGAAAUAUAGAAAUAAGAUUUAUUUGAAUAGAAAUAAUUAGAUUAAUUAUUACCAUCAUUAAUAAAUUGUUUAAAGAAUAAGAAUUAUUUAGGUAGAGUGAUUUUAUCCAAAGCUAUUUUGCCAUUCCUUUCAUUUUAACAAAUAACAUCAUAUGUUGUAGAACUCUUAAAAGAAUUAAUUGAUAGUAAGACAAUAAAGAGAAAUCAUAAUAAUGCUCAUGGCAUUUUAUUAUUGUGUCAUUAAUUAAUUAAAGAUUAUUAUAAUAUCAAAAGGGAAACAUUAGAUUAAUAUGAAGAUAAUUAAAUUGAAUAAUUGAAACAAAGUGAAAAUACUUUAAUUUAAGAAAUCCAUAAUAAAAGAUUUAUCAUUUGUGAAAUAAAAUGUCCACCUGUUUUAUCUGUUUAUUAUUAAGUAUUAAAUAUAAUAAUAAAAAAUAAUAAAUAAGAAGAUUGUGUUUUAUUUUAAGAAUGCUAUUAAAUUACAAAGAAUAUGAUUGAAGAAUAACAUUUUAAUUAAUAGACAUUCAAGAUUUAAUAAGAUAUGGGUAAUAGUUUAUUAAGAAAGAAGUAGAUAUCAUUUUUAGUUAAAUUAGAUCAUUUAAAUAAAAGUCAUUUAUAUUUAGAAUAAUUAAUAAAGAAUUAAGUUUAAAAAUAUAUAUAAUAAAAAGAUCUAUUAGAAAUUGAUGAUUUAGAAGUAUUAUAAUAAUUGUAUAAACAAUAUAAUACUAUACUUAAGAAAAAUAACAAAGUAGAAGAUUCUAAUAUAGAAAUUGCAUAAUUAACUUAUCAAUUAUUAGAAGUAAUAGAAACUCCAUAUUUCAGUUAAUGCUUAAAAUAAUGCUUAAAAUUUUUACUUAUUAUUAGUAAAUUAACUAAAUUAAAUCAUAAUGAAAUAAUUUUAGAUUAGAUUAAUAAGAGAUUUAUAAAUGAUUCAGGAAUAAUGAAAAAUCUUAUUAAACUUUAUGGUUAUGUUAUGUUAUAAAAACAAGAAUUUUUGGAUUAAUUUUUGAAAAUGUGUGAAUUAUAUUCACAUAGUAAUAAUAUAGAUGAUUUAAGAAUUGCUGUAAUAAAAAGUAUAUGUAUAGCAAUGCCAAAUUUAAUUAAUUUAAAUACUCUAAGAUUAUCUUUGAUUUAUUUAAGAUUACUUCAAGAUGAAUUACCAGAAAUAAGAAAUAAGAUGAGUAAAUAAAUAUGUAUUCAUUUAUUGAAUAACAAAAAUAAAAAUUCAACUGAAUUAUAUAAUAAUGAGUAUUUAUUGCAUAAUUAUUACUAAUUAAUUGUGUCAAAGUAAAUAACAAAAGAGAAUUAAGUGGAGAUUAUCAAUAUUUUAAUUACUUAAUUGAUGGAUAGUGAAUACUAUAUGAUUAAAAGAUAAAAUCAUUAAUCUAAAAGAAUAUUCUAAUAUGAAAAAAGCAAUAAAUAUAUAAGUGAAUUAAAGGGCAGAAAAUUAGCAUAUGAUUUUUUAGUCUAUUGUGUGAAUAAUAAAAUAUUAGAUUAAGAAUUGGUUAUUAAGGAAUUAAAUGAGUAUGAGAUUAGAAAUUAAAAUACUGCAUUGAUGGAAUAUAAAUUGAGUGAGAAUCAAAUAAUAAAUUAUAUAAAUAAUUUAACAGAUAGAGAUGAUUUUAUAUAUGAGAAUAUGUGUAGAUUGACAAUAUUUGAAGAAUUAUAAGCUAAAUUUAAUUCUAAUUAGUAAAUAUAUAUAUUAUUUUAGUAAAUAAUAUGAAUUGUAUCAUAAAUAUAAUGUAAAGAGAGUAGAGUUUUCAUUUUAAUAAUUUGAUUGA